GGUUCCACUGCCUGGGGCCAGAGGGGGGGCCGCGGCAGGCGGCGCGAGCCGCAGCGGGACCGGGACCCCCGGCUGCAGCGGGAGCGACGCGCCGGCCUCCCGGUGGGGGUGGAGCCCCGCCGCGGCCCCAGACCCUGCGGGUUCCAGUGGUGAGAGCUACAGCAGGGAGGUAGUCAGAAAGGGGAGCCCCUCCCAACGCCCUACCCUCAAAGCUCACACAUUCAAGCGCAGACCCAGACCCAGAAAGCCAGGCAGGUACCGCCGAAGAUGCACACGCAAGUGAAAGCCACUAUUGACUCAUUGAGGGACUUAAACAUCCUCGGAUUUUGGUAUCGUGCGGGUCCUGGAACCAAUCCCUCGUGGAUACUGAGGAACGACUGUACUGACUUGUCUUGGACUGGGAACCCCGAGGGCAAGAACCAAGUCAGAACGUCUCACCUGUUACCAGUGGAAGGAGAACUAGGCCCCAGGCCUGUUUGCAAUCCAUCUUGAGCCAACCAGACAGAAGGGAGGACGCUGGAGUCCCCUCAGGAGCCCCAGUUACCUAGAGGGUUGUGAGCCCUGGCCCAGCGCCUCCACCCCUCUGCCUCCCCUGAUGCAGCCAUGGGCUCUGGCAGUGACUAGGUGGCCGCCCUCUGCCCCUGUGGGUCAGCGGCGAUUCUCUGCAGGACCCAGCAGCAGCCCAGGCCAGCUCUGGGGAAGCCCUGGCCGUGAGGGCCCCCUGGCCAGCCCACCUACCCAGGAUGAGCGCUUACCCUCCCAGCAGCCGCCGACCCGACCAGCAUACCUCCCGGUAGAGGAGCGCCGAGCCUCGGCUCCUGCCGGCGGGAGCCCCCGAAUGCUGCACCCAACCUCCCAGCAGAGCCCGUUCAUGGUUGAUCUCCACGAGCAGGUGCACCAGGGACCUGUCCCUCUGUCCUACACAGUCACCACAGUGACAACCCAAGGCUUCCCCUUGCCUACAGGCCAACACAUCCCUGGCUGCAGCACCCAGCAGCUCCCAGCAUGCUCCGUGAUGUUCAGCGGGCAGCACUAUCCCCUCUGCUGCCUCCCGCCCCCGCAGCUGAUCCAGGCGUGUACCAUGCAGCAGCUCCCUGUGCCGUAUCAGGCCUACCCCCACCUUAUCUCCAGUGACCACUAUAUCCUGCACCCUCCACCGCCAGCCCCACACCCCCAGCCUGCUCAUAUGGCGCCUCUUGGGCAGUUUGUGUCGCUGCAGACCCAGCACCCACGUAUGCCCCUGCAGCGCCUUGACAGUGACGUGGACCUGCGGGGGGAUCAGCACCCCCUGGGGAGCUUCACCUACUCCACCUCUGCCCCGGGCCCAACUCUGUCCCCGUCCGUGCCCCUGCACUACCUGCCCCAUGAUACCCUGCACCAGGAGCUGUCCUUUGGUGUGCCAUAUUCCCACAUGAUGCCCCGGAGACUGAGCACCCAGAGAUACCGCCUGCAACAGCCGCUCCCGCCACCACCCCCGCCGCCUCCGCCACCACCAUAUUACCCCAGCUUCCUGCCCUACUUCCUCUCGAUGCUGCCAAUGUCACCAACAGCAAUGGGGCCCACCAUCAGCCUGGAUCUUGAUGUGGAUGACGUGGAGAUGGAGAACUAUGAGGCCCUCCUGAACCUGGCAGAGCGGCUGGGAGAUGCCAAGCCUCGCGGCCUCACCAAAGCGGACAUCGAGCAGCUGCCAUCGUACCGCUUUCAUCCCGACAGCCACCAGUCAGAGCAGACGCUGUGUGUCGUCUGCUUCAGCGACUUCGAGGCACGGCAGCUGCUCCGGGUCCUCCCCUGCAACCACGAGUUCCACACCAAGUGUGUUGACAAGUGGUUGAAGGCCAACCGGACGUGUCCCAUUUGUCGGGCUGACGCUUCCGAGGUGCCCAGGGAGGCUGAGUGAGGUCCACAGCCACCCAGGAGAACCCUGCCCAAAGCUCUGGAAACUCCGGGGGCCCGGGAAGGCCGGGGAGGGCGUGGCCCAGGCCUGCCCUGCCGUUCCUGCCUGCAUCUCCAGAGCUGGUGCCAGGGUCAGCCCGAGAGAAGCCCCUGCAAUAAGCCCUUGCAUUUGCCAAGCUCCAAAGACUCCCUCCCCAUUUGCCCACCAGUCUAAAAGACGCCUGCCAGGGAGUGGCCUGAGAGUCCCUAACUCAGUCUUUCUCCUGUUUGCCCUCGGGUCUGUCUCCUUUCCCUGCCGGCACUGGGAGCCAGGGGUUCAUCCCCCUCGUGUGGCUGGUGGAGAUCCUUGGCCCCGGGAUGGGCAAAGGGGGUGCUGUCCUGGGUCGCCUGGUCUCUUGCACUGAAGUGGUGUGGUCUCUGCUCAGGUGGCACUGACAGCCGUGGACAGACGGUGGCAGGAGGCCAGUGGGUUCUCCUGCCUUGACCCCAGACAGACUCAGGCAGCCAGCCCCACCCAGGUUGCUGUGGGGUGGGGCUGGCUCCCUAGAGCACCAUAACCUCGGGCACAACAUUCCUGCCCCAAGCCCAGGCCCGAGCAGGUGGGAGGCAGGCCCUGACCCGGGGCAGCAUGUAUCCUGAGGGGGCCUGGACCAGGCCAGGGAGAGUGAUUUCCUGUGUUGCUGGUGGCCGCCCCUGCCUGGCGGUGACAGGGCCCAGACCCAUGCCCGAUCUCCCCUCUCUGUUGUUUUGCAUGAACGUGAGGAGCAGCAGUUUUUGUUUAUUCAUUUGGCCCGAAAUCGCGUGUAGGAUUUGAGGGUGUGGAUUUUUUUAAAAAAUUUCUUUUCUUUUGGUUUAAUGGGGGGGUGUAUAGGGACCAACCAGGACCAAGUGCCCAGGGGCAGGGAAUGGUCUGGUGGUGCCGCCUGGUCUGCAUGCAUGUGCGCGGCUGGGGCGGGGCCGGG